UGGCCUAGCUCGUCAAGUUGCCGUGGCGCGGAGAACUCUGCAAAACAAGAGGUUGAGAAUUGCGUUAGAGAGAAACCAGUUCACGCCGGAGCCUCGCGAGGGAAGCGUCGUAGUCGUGUGCGGCCGCUUUGCGGGACUCUGAGGAAAAGCUCGUACCAGGCAGGAAUCUCCUCCAGUCCCUUCGGGUUCGUGGGCCUGCCUGUCCCCGUUCUCCCGGAGCCUCUGCUCGGUCUCGGCGCUGUGGCUUUCGGGGUUGGACCUGGCCAGCCGCGUUCGGGUGGACGCCGUGCUGCGGGCCAUGGGCAAAGGAGACCCCAACAAGCCGAGGGGCAAAAUGUCCUCGUACGCCUUCUUCGUGCAGACCUGCCGGGAGGAGCACAAGAAGAAGCACCCGGACUCCUCGGUCAACUUCGCGGAGUUCUCCAAGAAGUGUUCGGAGAGAUGGAAGACCAUGUCUGCAAAGGAGAAGUCGAAGUUUGAAGAUAUGGCAAAAAGUGACAAAGCUCGCUAUGACAGGGAGAUGAAAAAUUACGUGCCUCCCAAAGGUGACAAGAAAGGGAAGAAAAAGGAUCCCAAUGCUCCUAAAAGGCCGCCAUCUGCCUUCUUCCUGUUUUGCUCUGAACAUCGCCCAAAGAUCAAAAGUGAACACCCAGGCCUAUCCAUUGGGGAUACUGCAAAGAAACUGGGUGAAAUGUGGUCUGAGCAGUCAGCCAAAGAUAAACAACCCUAUGAACAGAAAGCAGCUAAACUAAAGGAGAAAUAUGAAAAGGAUAUUGCUGCAUAUCGUGCCAAGGGCAAAAGUGAAGCAGGAAAGAAAGGCCCUGGCAGGCCAACAGGCUCAAAGAAGAAGAAUGAACAAGAAGAUGAGGAGGAGGAGGAGGAGGAAGAAGAUGAAGAUGAUGAGGAAGAGGAUGAAGAUGAAGAAUAAAUGGCUAUCCUUUAAUGAUGAGUGUGGAGUGUGCGUGUGUGCUCAGGCAAUUGUUUUGCUAAGAAUGUGAAUUCAAGUGCAGCUCAAUAUUAGCUUCAGUAUAAAAAUGUACAGAUUUUUGUAUAGCUGAUAAGAUUCUCUGUAGAGAAAAUACUUUCUAAAAAAUGCAGGUUGUAGCUUUUCGAUGGGCUACUACAUACAGUUAGAUUUUACAGCUUCUGGUGUUGAAUGUUCCUAAAUAUUUAAUGGUUUUUUAAAUUUCUUGACUUGUGUAUGGUAGCACAGCAAACUUCUAGGAAUUAGUAUCAGUAGCAAAGUUUUGGUUUUUUAGGAUGUUGUCUUUUGUUUUUUAAGAAAAAAAUUUUGUAAUAAAAUUAUGUAUAUUAUUUC